AUGGAAACGUUGCCAACCCCAAUAACGGUGAUGAAUUCAUCAAAGUGGGCAGAUUUGUUGAUGUCAAGAGGGCAAACCUUUGUUAGUGCUGAACAUUUUAGAGAGGCAUUAUAUAAGUAUAGCCUUGCACACAAGUUUGGUUACCGGUACGUAAAGAAUGAUAGGCAUAAGAUGAUUGUGAAGUGCUGUGUAGAUGGUUGUCCCUGGGAAAUUUCAGCAUAUGGUGUAGGUGAGAAUAAUGGAUUCCUAGUUGUGAGAAGAUUUAACUAUGAACACUUGCAUUAUGCACAAGACAACUUAGUUGUCCCUCAGAGAAAGAGGUGCAAACUUGCUUCAGCAGUCAUAAUAGAUGAGUUGAUUUCUUGCAUGCACAAAGCUCCAAAUGACAUUAGACGGGAUUUGGAAAGAGAGUAUGGGUUGAGGCUCAACUACCAACAAGCAUAUAGGGCGAAAGAGAAAGCAUUGGCAAAAAUUCAUGGUUGUCCGCAGGAGUCUUAUAUGCUAAUCCCUUGGAUAUGUGAAAGGCUGAAGGAAAGUGAUCCAGAAACGGUAGCAAAGUGGGUUGCAUCAUCAGAUAAUAGAUUUCAAGCUGUAUUUAUUGCAUACGGUUGCUGUGUAGAAGGGUUUUUGAAAGGUGGCAGACCUGUAUUAUAUGUGGAUGGAUGCCACUUGAGUGGUCCGUACAAAGGAACGUUAUUGGGAGCACAAGCGUAUGACGCGGAUAAUGAAUUAUUCCCACUUGCAUAUGCGAUUGUUGGAGGUGAGACGCUUGAUGACUGGGCAUGGUUUCUUGGUAACAUAAAGGAUAUUACGGGCUCAUUAGAAGUGACAAUAGUAUCGGAUAGACACAACUCAAUAAAAGGUGCAGUGCAAGCCGUGUUUGGAGGAGAUCGACAUGCUUUUUGCUACCGUCAUGUGAAGGAGAAUUACAGUGCUGAGUUUUUGAAGAUAACCAGGGGAAAGAGGAGGACCAGCGGACAGACAAAGGAAGUUGCACUAAAAUUACUUGAUUGUAUUGCAUACGCAAGACUUGAUAGAGACUUUGAUUGCAGUAUGGAAAAGCUAAUGGCAUUUUGUCCAGAAUUAGGACAAUGGCUUCAAACAAAUGGAGACAUUGAGCGUUGGGCACAAAACAAAUUUCCUUACAAGAGGUGGGACAAUAUCACAACAAAUCUAGCCGAAUCCUUUAAUGCUUGGCUUGUUGGUGAGAGGAAGCACAACAUAGCUGUCUUGAUACAUGAGCACAGGGAAAAAUUGGCAAACAAGAUGUACCACAGCAAAGAAGCCAUGACGAAUUGGAGCAAUGGUGUGGGACCUAAUAUAGAGGAAAAGUUGAUGGAUCAUGUGGCCAGAUCAGAAAGAAUGGAUGUGUAA